AUGACCCCUUGCCGGGUCGCUCACACCUCGCAAAACGGACCGGCUCCAAGCCCGUGGGUGCCAGAACGUGGGCAGAACCAUCCUGCGGGACUGGCUCCGCUGCAGCUGCCCGUGGGCCGCCUCGGACCACCCGCACAAGCGGCGCCAGGAGCCGCAGCCGCCAGAUCCGGCCGCGUCCCGUCAGCGCCCCCCGCAGCCCAACGGCCCGGCCAGGUUGGCCCCGGCGUGCCCUCAUUGGUGAAGGAGGGGGGGCAGGGUUAUUCCGAUUGGUGGAGAGUAGAGGGGGCCCGCCCCUCCCCGCGCGGGGCAGCAGGCGCGGGGGAGGGUGUUCGCGACGCCCGGCAGUGGGUGGCGGUUGCCGGCCGGUGCGGGAUGGCCGGGUUGCGGCUCCUGUGCGCGGCGCUGCUGCUGCUGGCGGCCGGCGGGGCCAUCCCCCCGCCGGAGGAGGCGGCGCGCAUGGCGCGCUUCGUGCUGCACAACUGCGACUGGGGCGCGCUGGCCACGCUCUCCGCGCAGGAGGGGCUGCGCGGCCGCCCGUUCGCCAACAUCUUCUCCCUCAGCGACGGGCCCCCCGGGCCGCUCAACGGCAGCGGCGUCCCCUACCUUUACCUGACCGACAUGGAGAUCUCCGUGCAGGACCUGGAGAUCAAUUCAAAUGCCUCCUUAACUGUGUCUUUGGCACAGACUCCUUACUGCAAGAAGCACAGAUACGAUCCCCAGAAUCCCCUCUGUGCCCACAUAAUCUUCUGUGGGAGUAUUGUAAAGGUGAAUGAUUCAGAAGCAGUCUUAGCAAAAAAAGCAUUAUUCAGUCGCCACCCUGAAAUGGAAAGUUGGCCUAAGGAUCAUAACUGGUUCUUUGCCAAGUUCAACAUCACCAAUAUUUGGGUUCUGGACUACUUCGGUGGACUGAAAAUUGUGACACCAGAAGAAUAUUACAGCGUCAAGCCUUAG